AUGUUUCCUUAUGGACGAAGUAAUUUAUCAACCCCAACAGCAAGAAACAAUGAAACCCCAAGAAGAUCAGCGAUUCCAAUUGGCGAUGAGAAUAAACCUAUUUCCCCAUACUUUUCUCGUCUUUUCGCCUCCCCAUCCGCUAGAAGUAAUAGUCCCAGUUAUCUUAACCUAAUUUCUUCCUCCCCGUCUCAUCGUAGCAGCGUCAGGAACAAAGAACUUCCUCCCUCUUUAUUCAAUUUUCAGUCUCCAUUUAGGCGUCCGAUUAAAUCUCCUGCCCAGCCCACUCCCUCUCGUCCUCGUACGGCCACGGAAUUCCUCAGAAAUGCAACUUGCAGUGUAAUAGAUAGAGCUAUUCAAAAGUUUGAAUACAACAGUCGUAAAAGACCCAGCGAUUCGCCUAUUGAUGGCAUGAAUGAAAGCAUUACAUUCAGUGAUAGCUUUUCUUCGAAACGACAUCGGUCGUGCUGUGUGGAAAAUAAUAGUAGUCACAGUGUCGCCAAUGCUUCAUCUGUUGAAACUCCCCUUCCCCGUCCUAAAUUGAAACCAACAUCUUCGUUUUCUCAUUCUCGUCCUAGUUCGGCUAAACUUCCCCAACAGGUCUCUCGAGUUUCUUCCGCUGCCCUAGAAGCCAUUGCAUUCGCUUCAACAAAGCGCCAAAGACCGUCAGACAGUCUUGAGAAAGAGCCGAUCCAAGUCAAUGAAAAUGAUGGUAAAGAUGAUAUUGCUUUGUCGCCUCCUGCGGCUAAAAGAAGAGCUACUCGUGACUGCGAGACCCAGACAGGCUUUCAGGUCGAUGUUGCAACAAGCACUAGGGAAUCUUCGUCUGAUUUAUCCGAAAAGUUGCCAAAGCGACGACUUCAAAAUACGACUUCCGUUAGGCAGCUAUUCACGCGUUUAGAAGCGAAAGCUAGAGCAACCAGUUCUAGCCUUAGAUUAGCGGCUUUGCGAAGGGUUGGUGGUGGAUUGCCGUCUAGUUCGCUGGAAGAUCGGCAAGCUCACAUUCGCAAGAUAUUUGAUGAAAUUACUGACAAAGAUGGUCUGAAAUUUGGCGAUGUCUAUAAACCUCCUCCGAACAGCUCAUUUAACGCUCCCAGUUCCUCAUUGGCAGUCUCUUUCUCUCUACCUACCUCUGCCACUUCAACGCAAUCUGCAAAAUCAUCAGUACCAUCGAUGUCCUUGAAUUCACAGGCGACUUUGGAACCACAAAGUAAUAUGACAUCAACUACUGCCGUUACCACUGCAUCUGCGAUGCCUGUCUCACUUGGAAAAACGUCUAUUAUUCCAGAAGUUCUUAACGUCAGCUCUGUUGCUUCGUCUACCACUUCCACUUUGCCUUCAUUCUCCUUUGGAAAGACAUCACUUCCAGAUAAAAUGUCUAAUACGACUUCUUCAAGCUUUUCAAUGGCCUCGAGUGUAGUUUCAACCUCUGGCAACUCGACGUUGCCUUCUUUCUCAUUUGGAAAGGCAUCACUCGCAGAGAAGAUGCCCGUUAGUAAAUCAGAAAUUCCUACGUCAGAAACACUGCCUUCAUUUUCAUUUGGGAAGGCCAAGAGUACUGAAGAAAACAAUGUUUCUGCUACCACAACCACCUCAAGCUCUUCAGUUUCACCUACUGUCUCAGUGUCGAGCUCUGGAGUGUCUUUGCCUUCUUUUUCCCUUCAAAAAACUACUACUACUUCUACAGAAAUAGCCAGCACUGCUCCACCAAGCUUCUCAUUCAGUUUUGGUGCUGUCACUACUACUAAAUCAACUUCAGAAAACACUGCUUCUUCAGCGCCAGGUGGUUUCAAUUCCUCUCAAGCUGCAGAAUCAUCUACAAAGCCUCUUGCCUCUACGGCAGGAUUUACGUUUUCUCUUACACCAAAAUCCACUGCCACCAUUUCUUCAGUUGAAACCCCGAAAUUUAGUUUUAGUCAGACAUCUAAUACAAGCACCAAUGCAGCAGUAACUACUUCCUCUGGAUCUCCAGUCCCUGCAUUUAGUUUUGCUCCAAGUUCUACCUCUGUUUGCAAUACUACUACAAGUUUUGGUUUUUCUUCAAAUUCCGCACCUAUUUUCAGCUUUCCUUCCAUUUCCACCGUUUCGUCUGCAACUACUUCCACCUCAUCGUCGGCGCCUAUGUUCAAUUUCUCUGGAACAACUACGACUGCAUCAGGGGGAUUCAACUUUUCAGGAAAAUUUGCUGCUGCUUCUACCACUAAUAACUCCUCAUUUGGGUCGUCGUCUACUGCUCCAACAUUUAAUUUUUCUUCGAUUGUAUCACAAAAAUCUGAAACAGCAACAAUUAAAAAUCCAACACCCGUUUUUAAUUUUUCUGCAACAUCUACUACUUCAGGAACCUCUUCGUCCUUUUCUCUUCCAAAAACAGCUGGAACUACUGUACCUCCGCCGGCUUUAAACUUUUCUCUUAAAUCCUCAACGCCGUCGACGACGACUCAGUCCAGUAUACUUGGCUUUAACUUUUCUACAAGCACUGCAACAACGACCGCUCCGUCAACUUUUGUUUUUUCUGCAAUGCCUUCUACGACGAGUUCUACUACCAAUUCGAGUCUUGGAACAUCUGGAUUUAACUUUGCUGCCGCUAAAACGACUACUUCAAGUGUAUUUACACCUGCUAAAACUAUGCCCUCGUUCAGUUUUCCUUCUGUUACUUCCAGUACUACUGCUUCCUCUUUGUUUAGUUUCUCGACUAAUCAAACUUCAACCACCUCAACAACUACAACAGGAGGUUUCAGCUUUUCGGGAGCGAACAUAAAUUCUGCAAGCCCCCUUAGUGGCUUUUCUACGUUAUCACAAAAUCCUGCUUCAACUGCACCGUCAACCUUUGGUUUUGGAAGUACGACAAAUUCGACUUCUCCAUUUGCUUUUAAUAAGACUGGACUCACGAAUGGUACUUCUGCUAACCCAUUUGGUGGGUCUCAGAAUGCGGUUACCACCACUAAUUCAGCUAAUCUUUUUGGCUUUUCUGGUGCCAAUACAACUACCACUACUGCCAGCGGAUUCGGUUCUCCUGCUUCUAAUCUCUUCAAGUUUGGUCAAUCAGCACAGAAUGCUCCGGCUUCUUCCACUACUCAAUCUGAGUUUUCUUCGAAUUUGCCAACUAUCAAGAGCUCCCCUUCAAUCUUUCCUACAGGGGAAGCUACUAAACGUCCAAUCGAUUCAUCUUUCACCGCCAGCAACACGCCGAAGAUUGCCUUUGGUGGUAUCUCGGGUUCGAAUUCAGUCCCUUUUAAUUCUGCACAGGCAUUUAAUUUUAGCAAUAGUGGUGGCUCUAUUCCUGCAGGGGGGUUCAACUUCAAUGCAACCAGUACUGUAAGUGGAUUCAAUUUCGCAGCCAAUGCGGCAAAUCCGCCGAUUUUCGGGGAGUCAAAUCAAGCUCCACCCAACCCCUUUAGUGCUCAGCCCACCACGCCAAAUGCGGCUGCAAGUUUUGCGCAAAGGCGGAGACUGUUGAGAAGUACUAGGCGGAGAUGA